AUGGAUCGCACUUGUGUUGAUUCUGCCAUUGAACAGCUCUCAAAGCUGUUGACUCUACCCCGCUUGACUUCUACUACAAUGGAGAUUCAAGUAAAGGCUCUUCUGCUGGACUUAAGAUUUGUGAAAAUGUUCUUUUGCUGCUUGACAACCUUCAAGCCCGCUGAUGAUCAAGAAACCAUGAUGGUGGCAUCUAUGGAGCUGACAACAGCUCGAGCUACACUAGAAGCAGCAGGGUGUAAACUGUAUCAAGCUGGAUUCUUUGCAAGCUUUGGACUAGAUAUCCAAGACUGGGAAACUUUGGUGUCUGAUUUGCUUCAAAUUGUUGAGCAUUUGAAGCCAGAAGUCAGAGAGAUUUGUCUUGGUGUUUUAGUUCAUCACUCUUGGAACCCAAACUCGAAGCCCUCUUGCACGAAUGAGGAGAUCCUUGACUUCGUGGAUUCCAUCCUACUGAAUUUGAAGAGACUAUCGUUAAUUGUCAACAACAACAACAACAUGGUCCCUGAUUUGAAGAAGCAGAUGGAAGCCCUUGAAGAGAAGCUAAAGUUCACCAGAGAUUUCCUUGACUUCACCAAAAGAAGAUGUGGGAGAUCAUAUGACAGACUUGAAGAUCUCUUCACAAUAUUUCAAGCUUGGACUAAAAAUGCUGCUUGCUUGUCACUUCUGUAUUGGGUGGAGCUGGACAUCAUGGACCAAAACAUGGCUCAUCAAAUGAAUACUGUGCUCUCUGAUAGCCUACAAGAGAUCAUGCGUUGCACUCCAAGGGUCAUACAGAUGUAUCUUGGGCUCCUUAAAGCUUCAAAGACUUCGCGAGAAGACAUCCUUCCAGUGGGGGAAAUCCUUGCAAGAUUUGUUAGUUUUUUACCCUUGGAAAAUCUCGUGGAUUCUGUGGAGGGUGAUGACAUUGCAAUCUUCCGCACGGGCCUGAUUUUCUUAAUUUCAUUCCUCAUGGAUCUACCAAAGGAGUUACAAAAAGGAGCAGCCAGGAGAAAUGAGUCCUUGAAACUAAUUGAAGUAGCCAGGAAAAAUGCGUUCUUGAAACAAAUUGAAGCAGCCAUUUAUAAGGUGGCAUCUCUAAUUUCCAUGGGAGGAGAUUCUUUUGUUCCUACAUGCCUGGAAAAGAUGCACAAGAUCAUGACUCAGGUCAAAAAGCAUCACUUCCAAAUGCCAAAGUCAUCAGCUUCUAAUUGUCCCAAGACUGACGGAAUGGGAUUUGUUUAUUCCAUCUUGAUAAAUUUGGAGGAAAUCAUGAAAAGCAAUGCCACCAAUUUUUUCCUUUUUGCAAAGCACAUAGUUGGGGCAAUCCACAGGGAACUUCAUGCCCUUUGGCUUUUGCAAAAGGGUAUAACGCAUUUGCAAAAUGGGUAUCAAUACAAAAAGCUAAGAGGUCUUCUGGCACAAACUAUCAAUGUAGCAUACCGAGCAGAACAUGUUGUCAGAUCACGUUCAGUUGUGGAUAGGCCCAUUUGGUAUCAUUUGAUGUGUCUUUCAGACGUACUGGAAGAAAUAAAAAUCAUCAAGACUGCAGUUGGCAAGAUUAGAAGAGAGGUGCAGACAUCCAAGAAGAUAAGUUUUUGUGCUCAGACAAGUAUCAACUGCACACAAUUAUCAUCACGAACUAAUGCUUCAAAUGUUGAUGAAGUUGCUUUUCCCUUCACUGAUGAAGCUGAUGCAAUUAUUAAUCUCCUAAUGAGAGGAUCACUCGGGCUUUCCAUUGUCUCAGUAGUUGGAAUGCCUGGAGUAGGUAAGACAACACUCGCCAAAGCAGCGUACAACAAUCUUUCAGUUAAAAUGCACUUUCAUAAACUAGCGUGGUGCUCUGUUUCUGAUGGUACACAAAGAAGUGGAGACUUGUUACUUGAUAUAUUAAAGUGCACUAAUCCUGCUAAGACUGACGAAGAUUUAGCUCUUGAAGUCAGGAGAAGUUUACUGAAAGAGAGGUACCUCAUUGUUUUAGAUGAUAUUUGGGAGAUUGGAGCUUGGGAUGCUAUAAAACUGUCACUUCCAAACGAUAAAAAUGGGAGUAGAAUUCUGCUGACGAGUCAAAAUCACAACCUGGGUUUGCAAACUGGACUUCCUCAUAAUGUUUAUCCUCUUUCUGUACUCAAUGAUGAAAGAAGCUGGAAACUUUUGGAAAAGAUGCUAUUCCACAACCAUGGCUGCCCUCCACAUCUAUUAGGUGUCGGUCAGAAAAUUGCAAGUAAUUGUAAAGGACUACCUUUGGCGCUCGCUGCAAGUGCAGUUCUUCUUCGAAGGGAAGAGCAGAAUCUUGAUCAAUGGGGACGAAUUGAAGAAAGUUCAAAUCCAGGCAUUGCCGGCAAAGGUUUCAUGGACAUUCUAGAGCUAAGCUACAACCGCUUACCCGACCAUUUGAAACCUUGUUUUCUUUAUUUUGGCUCCUUGCAAGCUGGUAAAGAAGUUAGUGGCCAAAAGCUGAUUUUACUAUGGAUUGCAGAAGGAUUCAUACAGAAGGCGGCAAUUGGGAGUAUUGGGAGCUUAGAAGUUCUGGGAAUGGACUACUUGAUAGAGCUAAUUGAUCAUAGCCUGGUAGAUGUCACUAAAAGAAGUUCGGAUGGUGGAAUAAAAGCAUGUCGUGUUAAUGAGCUCUUGCAUAGCUUUUGCGUGGAAAAGGCUCAAGAAGAAAACUUUUUGCACGUUGAUUGGUCAGAUCGGUCUGAUCUUUCUCAUGGCUCAUCAACUCGAACAAUGCAUUACCCUUAUCGGUUGUGCAUUCGAUCUAAAUGGGAAACUUUUAUGCAGCCGAAACCUAUUGGUAGACAUCUCUACUCUCUACUUGCCUGUUCCAAAAUUAGUAGGCAUCAAUCCUAUUUAAGAUCUGUUGCCUUUGAGCAUUUUCAUAGCUUUAAACUUCUUUACAUCUUGAAUUUGGAGGGCAUCUACUUGGAUAUUUCUUUUCCUCAAGAAAUCAUGUCAAUAGUUCAUUUGAGACACUUAGCAAUCCGAGGUAGUUUUACAAGGAUCCCAUCAUCCAUAGCCAAUCUUUGGAACCUAAGAAGUCUUGUUGUGAAAGGAGGACGAUCCUUGAUUUCUUUACCAGAAGCCAUUUUGAAGAUGAAAAGUUUAAAACAUGUGAAAAUAAGUGAAAAGGCUGUUAUCUCUUUGGGUGACCAUGAGCUUGAGGAUUCUUCUCUGCAAGUUAAUUACAUCAAGACUUUUUCCACGCUAGCUCUUCAUCAUGUAGCAGAUUCUGAGAAUCUGUUAAGAAAGUUAACUGGACUUCAGAAGCUCAGAUGUGUUGUUUCAGGAUCACAACUGUAUAGUAAUAACAAAGUUCAGUUUCCAGCAUUUGCCUACCUAAAAGAUCUCCAGUCACUAACAUUGUCUACGCUUGAUUAUGAAGGUCUAGUUUCUUGCAGUUGGUUGCACAAUCAGUUUCAGACAUUUAACUUCCCCUCAACUCUCAAGAAACUGACCUUGUAUAGAUUGGGACUACCGUGGAGAGGAAUAUCAAUGAUAAUGCAGCUCGAGAAUCUCGAGGUUCUGAAAUUACGCGAACAAGCUUUUAUGGGGAAUAGAUGGCACAUGAAACUGGGAAAGGAGGAAUUUCGCAACCUCAAAUUCCUAGAACUGUCAAAUUUAGACAUCCGACAAUGGCGUGGCAACGACAUUGAUCCCUUCCCAUGCCUUGAAGGACUAGUUGUGCGAGAUUGUCACAGACUUUUGGAGGUUCCCCUUUGUUUGGGAAGAACUGCUACCCUGCAGAUGAUUGAGUUGCGUCAAUGCAGCGAUAGUGUCAAAAAAUUAGCCAAAGAUAUUCUAGAAGAACAGGGAAAUUGGGGCAACAAUGAACUUAAACUUCUCAUCUUAGACUCUUAG